UGCUUACUAGUGUAACUCAAAAAGAAAAAAAAAAGCAUCUCACUCUCCUUCCGGGAGAAGCCAUGUCGAAACCGCCACCGCCACCGCCAACGCCGCCCGCCUCCGAGGCCUCGUCCUCUGUCGCCGCGGCCGCUCCUCGCUCCCUUCCUCCAACGCUCCUCCUCCCUCCUUCAUCCAGCGGGAACCGAGGCGCGCGCGGCGGCAGUGCCGCGGGGAGCAGGAAGGGCAAGGCGCCGGUCGGUUCGGCGGCCGGCGCGCAGGGAGAGAGACACCAGCACGACCCGCUAGUGGAGGCGGUGAGGUUGGUUGGGAGGGACGUGGACCCAGGGGUCGCCGGCGCUGACAUCCUGGAGCUGGCGAUGGCCAAGGGGCCCAUGUUCUCGUGGCUGAGGUACUGGCCGGAAGAGGGGUAUCCCGAGGAGGGCCGACCUUACUGAAGCCCAUCUCGGCUGUUAGGUAUAUACUCCCUCCGUCCCAUAAUAUAAGAGCGUUGCUCUUAUAUUAUGGAACGGAGGGAGUAGGGAGUACUUGCAAUUUUAUUAUGCGUCAGUGUUGGGGCCUUUUCCCCUGAUCGAUCCAGUCCAGGAGUUGAUCAUCUCCCGUGCCACUAAUUAUCAUACUGCCAAUGACUAUCCUGUGCACCUAUGUAGUUCAAAAUGUGCUUAAGAUUACUGCAGACAAUGAUCCAAUGAUCCCUUCAAUGUGAGUUUAUCUUCA